AUGCCUCUUCAAUUCCGAGCUCUCUACACCCACGACUGUCCGGCCUCCCGAUGGGAAGAGUUGGAUCUGCCGAGCAUUAUGGUCAUAUUUGGGGUAUUUUUCGCACUGCUGGCGUUUCUUGUGCUUGGGUGCUAUUGGUGGCCGCGUUUUCUGGGGAGACGACGGCAGCAGCUGCGAGGCGUUACGGCGAAUAUAUUUGCUGGGCUGCACAGAAGGGGUGAUGUGGAUAUUUGGAUGGAUGGGUGUGAGCUUGAGAUGUUGCCUGCGAUGCCGCCGCCGUCUUACAAUUACAAGAUGGAUGGUCCUGCUAUGAUGUCUGGGGCGUUGCCACCGGGCUACAAAUAG